AUGAACAACCUGCCCUUCAUGCACAUCUCUCUCGCCGAGAUAAAGCUCGAGUUCAUCAACAGGUACCGUGACACGUGGCCCGCCGGCAUCGCUUGCCUCAACAGCGGCAUUCUAGACCUCAAGAGCCUCAUCUCGCACACGUUUCCUCUCGAGAAGGCAGUUGACGCCCUUACACUCGCCUCGGACUACAGGAACGGCAGCAUCAAAGUGCAGAUUGUGGAUGAGAUUGACUCCCCCAUCUUCUGA